GAUCUAGCUUACUAUGUUUCUUAUGAUGUUGGAAAAGAACACAGGGCUUUCUGUUGUUAGAACUUGUAUUUCCAGCUUGAUUUUUCUUGCUGGGAUUGAUAAUUGGUUGUCCUGCCUGUUGCUUUAAUUUUCUGUAAAUCCCCGGUGUCGUCGAAAUGGAAGUUAUUGGGGGCUAAAACUGCCGAAUUUUAUGCUCAUAAGAGGUAUUCGGGCGAUGUGUGUGGAAAGGAACGGAUGCAAAGGAGUGGGGAAAGCUUCACCAGGUGUGACGGUCGAUAACUACUCGAAUAGCAGGGCCUUCGGCAUGGAUUAUAAACCAGAAUGGACUAGGAAUAGAUUAUCGUCGACAUUAACAGCUCAAGUGAUCCGUUCCGCUACGUUGCUUAUGCCUUGGUGUUGUAAAAUCCCUAUAGGUGAUGGAUUUCAUGAGUUCCUUUAAUUAGUAGACUAGCAUUUAUAGAAUUAUCGACGCAUUCUUUCGGGAAAUUUUGAGAAAUCGUUUAGAAAAUGCCUGGUUUUGUGAGAGACAAGAAGAGAAUCACAGAACUUACCUCCCCCGUUAUGCAAGAUACACUGAUUCAUUCGAAAGGCAAUCCACAUCCAUAUUCUCUGGCCAUCGAUGAAUUAGGCUGCCCGCUGCUUCCGGGGCUUCCCGAUGAUGUGGCCAAGUAUUGCCUUGCCCUUGUUCCUCGUCCCAGCUUCCUCGCCAUGGGCAGCGUAUGCAAGAGGUGGAGAUCGUUUAUUCAAAGCAAAGAAUUCUUAACGGAGCGAAAGAUAGCCGGAAUGCUUGAAGAGUGGCUUUAUGUUCUGACAAUGGAUUCCGAAGGAAAGGAAAGCCACUGGGAGGUUUUGGAUUGCUUGGGGCAGAGACGCAGGCUUCUUCCACCGAUGCCUGGCCCCGAAAAAGUCGGUUUCGGGAUAACUGUCCUUAAUGGAAAGCUCCUUGUGUUAGCGGGCUAUUAUGUAAUCAACGGGACUGCCUCUGCGUCAGCUGACGUUUACCAAUACGAUUCUUGCCUCAACAGCUGGAACAAACUCGCAGACUUGAAUGUUGCGCGCUAUGAUUUCGCUUGUGCGGAGGUGAACGGCGCGGUUUACGUCGUCGGAGGAUAUUGGGCCGAAGGCGAGAGCCUCUCCACUGCAGAGGUGUACGACCCUGAUACAGAUAAGUGGACCCUCAUCGAAAGUCUACGCCGGCCUCGUUGGGGUUGUUUUGCGUGUGGCUUGAAUGGUAAACUCCACGUACUGGGCGGUUGGUCGAGUUUCACCAUCGGAAACUCGAGGUUUGUCGAUGUAUACAACCCCGAGAAGCACAGUUGGUGCGAGAUGAAAAACGGUUGCGUGAUGGUCACCGCCCAUGCCGUGCUGGAGAAGAGCCUUUUCUGCAUGGAGUGGAAGAGCCAACGGAAGCUGGCAAUCUUCAACCCGGACGACAAUUCCUGGAAGAUGGUUCCGGUGCCAUUGACUGGGAGCACAAGCAUAGGGUUCCGUUUCGGGAUACUGGACGGAAAACUUCUGUUAUUCUCGGUGGACGGAGACCCCGGUUACCACACCCUUCUGUAUGAUCCGAAUGCGGCUCCGGGUUCGGAAUGGCAAACUUCUGAUAUAAAGCCAUCUGGUUCGUGCCUAUGCAGUGUGACAAUUAAAGCUUGAAAGAAGCAUGGCAUGGCCUGUGGGUUAAUUAAGGAUCUCAAAUGACCAAUUCCAUUCAAGUUCGUGUUAAGACUAAUUUGGUUCCGAGCCUUUUGUGUUGAGAUUGAACUUGUUAAUUGGAUUCCUGUUUUACAAUUUACCUUCUGCUUUUUCUUCUCAAGGUUUCCUGCUCGUAUCUCUCGGUCUAAUUCUGUCGUCAGUCCUUGUAUACUUCAAUUUUUUUUAAAUUUAACCUCAGUUUUUAAAACCAGA